AUGGAUGUUGGUCACUUACUUUUAGGGCGACCAUGGCAGUAUGAUCGAGAUGUUACUCAUCAUGGUAAGAGCAACACUCAUAGUUUUAUUUUUGAGAAUCGUCGCAUCAUUCUCCUUCCUAGCCUAGCUCCACCGACAGCUAAGUUCGACGUUUUGGGUCCGGUCCGUGACGUGGUGCGUGAACCAACGGCGAGUGUGUUAUUUUGUUCCAUGUCGGUGUUUGAGACAGAAUUUCAAGCUGCGGGAUUUGCUGUGGUUCUUUUAACAUCGGACAAAACUCCAAAAAUGGAGAAACCUUUAGUUGCUUGGAUUGCACGUUUACUAGAAGAAUUUGCGGAUGUCUUCCCGUCUGAACUACCUCAAGGUCUUCCACCACUUCGAGACAUUCAACACCAGAUUGACCUUGUUCCUGGAGCUGUCCUCCUGAAUAGACCACACUACAGGAUGAGUCCUCAAGAGCAUGAAGAAUUGAGACGACAAGUCAGGAAUUGA